AUGGUGUCAUCGAAUGAUCCUAUCGAGACGAUUUUCAAUUCAAUCCAAGUCGUUAAAGAUGCUUUUCUCCCGAUCGAGCUGGGAGUGAAAAAGGCGGCGAGAGACAUCGAGAGUUGUUGGAUAAGCAAAGAAAAGGAUCUAGCUCUCGUUUUGAGAUCAUCUGGAAGAAACAGGAAGAAGCGGAUUUGCGCUAUUGAGGAAAAUGUUGAUAACGUUCAGUGUGUGGCGAGUGAAGAGAGGAAGAAAGGUUCGUCUAUGAAGAAGAUCCCUGUGAAGUCACUCUUUGGCAUGUUUUCUCCGAAUCUCCGUAGAAACGAGGCGGUGAAGAAGAAAGACAGUUGCUUGGAGAAAGACGAUGAUUCUUGCACGAAUUGCUUCAAGUUUGCCAUGACUUGGUCUUUGUUGGUCAGUGGCUUUGUCCAUGCUUUUCCAAUUCCCUUUAAGAUAGGCAAGAAGAGGAUUCACAAACUGGGGGAUGAUGAGAAGAACAGUCUUUCGCAUUCACGUAGUAAACAUGGCGUUAGAUCAAAGGCUUCGUUAGAAACUCGGAAUGAAAUGUGGAACCAGUCAGCUAAAUCUACGGAAAAGGAAGGGAACCAAUUCUCGAUUGAAUGCGCCAUAGGUUUUGCUAUUGAAAUGUUGACUCAGAAUCUCCAGAAGCUGGACCAAUUCAUGCAGGAUAGUUCACAGAGUGAGUCUUGUUGUUCCAAGGAAGCUAGUCGAAGUGAUGGUCCGCUGAUCUUUAACAUAUGGGAGGCUAGGAAACUUGACGUUAAUGGAUUCCUAGGAAACUUGAUGUUUGCGAGAGUUGGUGAUGUGGCGUCAGGUAUAGUUGGCCUGGCAUCUCCCGUAAGUGAAGAUGGUGACGAAAGCACUGCUGCUAAGGAGGAAAGUGCAGUGGAUGCUCGACAGAACAUUGCUAGUGGACUACUGAGUAUACCUUUGUCAAAUGUAGAGCGCUUGAAAUCCACACUGUCCACGAUUUCGUUUACUGAGCUCAUUGAGCUGUUACCGCAAUUAGGACGGCCUUCAGGAGACCAUCCUGACAAGAAAAAGCUGAUUUCUGUUCAGGAUUUUUUCAGAUACACCGAGUCUGAAGGCAGGAGGUUCUUUGAGGAAUUAGAUAGAGAUGGUGAUGGUAAAGUAACUUUGGAAGAUCUGGAAAUUGCAAUGAGGAGAAGAAAAUUGCCUAGAAGAUACGCCAAGGAAUUUAUGCGACGAGCCAGGAGUCAUCUUUUCUCGAAAUCGUUUGGUUGGAAGCAGUUUUUGUCCUUGAUGGAACAGAAGGAGCCAACCAUCCUCCGUGCCUAUACGUCUCUCUGUUUGACCAAGUCUGGUACUCUUCAGAAGAGUGAGAUAUUGGCAUCACUAAACAACGCGGGGCUUCCUGCUAAUGAAGAAAAUGCUAUAGCGAUGAUGAAAUUUUUGAAGGCUGAUACCGAGGAGUCUAUUUCCUAUGGACAUUUCCGGAACUUCAUGGUUUUGCUGCCAUAUGAGCGGUUACAAGAUGAUCCUCGUGAUAUCUGGUUUGAAGCUGCGACUGUUGUUGCUGUUGCACCCCCUGUGGCCUUACCUGCUGGAGAUGUUCUGAAAUCUGCAUUAGCCGGAGGGCUUGCCUCUGCUCUCUCCACUUCCUUGAUGCAUCCGAUUGACACAAUCAAGACACGCGUGCAAGCAUCUACCUUAUCGUUUCCUGAAGUAAUAGCAAAGCUUCCAGAGAUUGGUGUCCGGGGAGUAUAUAGAGGUUCUAUUCCAGCAAUUCUUGGACAAUUUUCAAGCCAUGGCCUGCGGACUGGAAUAUUUGAAGCAAGUAAACUUGUGUUGAUCAAUUUUGCUCCAAAUCUCCCAGAAAUUCAGGUUCAAUCGAUUGCAUCAUUCUGCAGCACGCUAUUAGGCACGGCUGUGCGGAUUCCAUGUGAGGUGCUGAAGCAACGGUUGCAGGCUGGCAUGUUCAACAAUGUAGGGGAAGCCAUUGUAGGGACGUGGCAGCAAGAUGGUCCUAGAGGGUUUUUCCGUGGGACAGGCGCAACUCUUUGCCGUGAAGUUCCACUAUACGUUGUUGGCAUGGGACUGUAUGCAGAGUCCAAAAAGAUGGUUGCGAAAGCGCUGGGAAGAGAACUGGAGGCAUGGGAGACAAUAGCGGUUGGGGCGGUGUCUGGAGGUAUAGCAGCGGUGGUAACAACGCCAUUUGAUGUGAUGAAGACGAGAAUGAUGACUGCAACACCAGGGAGACCGAUCUCGAUGUCGAUGGUUGCUAUCUCGAUUCUGCGCAACGAGGGUCCGCUUGGUUUGUUCAAAGGAGCAGUCCCGAGAUUCUUCUGGGUGGCUCCUCUAGGUGCUAUGAACUUUGCAGGAUACGAACUAGCCAAGAAAGCAAUGCAUAAGAAGGAAGAAGUUGUGGUGGUUGAUCAGCUUGCUCAGAAGAACUAA